GACUUGGAACCAACCUUGGAACCUGUCGCUUGUGAUUAUUUGUAGCCCUUUGCAACCAUCAUUUUGAUUGGUGCGUGAAACGUGACUGCGCAAAAUGGCUCAAAGCAUCGAUCCUUGACUAGUGACUUGCAGCUUGGAUGUUGCAUCUUGUGGUUUGUGUUACUACGUAUUUGUGUGUUGUUUUUAAAAAACUUCGAUUGAAACGCUGCUCGGAAUAACAUCAGUUGAACUAUUCGGACGUUAAAAUGUUUGGCUUUAACAUGUUUCCGGAUAUUCCCCGGCCGUUUAACACCCAAUACAAAUGUUUUUCCGUCUCAAUGCUCCCUGGAAAUGAUCGGCAGCAUGUGGAACGUGGGGGCAAAAUAAUCAUGCCACCGUCGGCCUUGGACCAAUUAACACGACUCAAUAUCGUUUAUCCUAUGCUCUUCAAACUCACGAACAAAAAGACAAACAGGGUGACACAUUGUGGCGUCUUAGAAUUUGUUGCUGACGAAGGAAAAGCAUAUUUACCAUAUUGGAUGAUGCACAACCUCUUGUUAGAGGAAGGUGAAAUAUUAAAUAUUGAAAGUGUUUCUCUUCCGGUUGCAACAUUCUCCAGAUUUCAACCACAAUCCGAAGACUUUUUAGACAUUACAAAUCCUACUGCAGUUUUAGAAAACGGUUUAAGAAGCUUUGCUUGCCUUACAACCGGUGAUAUCAUUGCAAUAAAAUAUAAUCAAAGGAUAUACGAAAUGUGCGUGUUAGAAACUAAACCCGGACCAGCAGUUAGUAUUAUUGAAUGUGAUAUGAACGUUGAGUUUGCACCACCUGUCGGCUAUAAAGAACCAGAAAGAAUGGUUAGACCUAAUGAAGAGACAAUUGAUCCCGUUGACAUGAUGCCUGCACCUCUAGGUUUUGUUGCAUUCAAAGGACAGGGUAAUAGAUUGGAUGGCAAGAAGCGUAAAGAUGCUUCGCUUCCUGAACCAAAUUCAAGCAAACCAGUUUACAUAAGAGGAAUUCCAGAUUACGAUUACAAAAUUGGCACAUUGAAAUUCCUGCGAAAUACGAAGCCAAUCAAUAAUAAGGAGACUAAGGAUGUAGACGAGUUCAAGGCAUUCACCGGAGAGGGGUUUUCUUUGAGAAAAUCCAGAAAAUAAUGUGAUCUGUAAAAAAAGUAAAAAGGGGCGUAAAAUUUUGACUGUGAAAUUAUAUUUAUCUGUACACCGCUACUAAUUUGUAAAGAAAACAUUUAAAGAAAAAAAUAAUAAUUUGUGAUUAUUUA